AUGGUUCAACAACCUGGAGCUAAUGUUCCUGGAGCCACGUAUGUACAAAGGAUGCCGAACCCUGGUGGAUUCAGUGAGACAAGCAUCAACUAUUUUGGUCAAGACCCACAACGAUGGGGAACAAUGAUGGAGCCAGGAACAGGUACAACACCUCGCGGCACAACAGCGGAAUUCAAUGUUUCUCCAGACCCUGACCAAGAGGAGAGCGGAAAAGCCUUUUACAAUCCCUUACACCAAACUGUGGAAAUUCCAGGCUUUUCUCACUUGCCAGACUUGCAUGACAACUUCAAUCUUGUUUUUAACCUGAGCAAGCCGCCACCGCCACAGGGCGAACUCGUAUACAUCCAAGCCCCCGCAGGAAAUGGGAAGUACUACUAUUGUCCAGGGAUCACGCUUCAACAGUUCCUGAACUUAAAGAAAAAGGAAGAAGCCGCAAGGCUUUGCGGUAUUCCUAUUGAAGUGCUAGAUGGAGACAUUCUAGUCUCAGCGUUCAGUCCUGGGACAACUCCUAAUUACGCCCCAGCAAGGCCUGCAGUGCCGGUCAUUUUGAUUGAUCGCAUGCGAAGACCUCACUACUUCACCGCCCCUUGGGAUGACAACCCCAUGAAAUACAUAGAGCAGGUUCUACAAGGAGGCCAUCCGGAAGAUCAAAUGGCUUUCACAUUCGCCGGCACAAACCACUGCGUUCUAACUCGUCAGAUGCUGCAGGGUCUUGGAUCUUGGGUAGAGCUCGCUAGAUUUUGCUCUGCAACCUUCAAGGGCGUUCGGCCUACAGAGAUUGUCGGCGUUGUCCAGUCCGUCUACUUUCUUCCUCCAAUAAGGAUUGUCAUGCCAGAAGCAUUGAAAACAUCUUUCGUCAGCUCGCACCGUGGCACCACUCCGGAAGACAUUUUCACAGUGGAGCCUUUGGGAUUCGUCAUAAACAACCUUUUGGCAAGCCAGAAACCUGGUGUAACGUUAGAGACUUUUCUUGAGCUUAGCGAUGGCUCACGAUGGAACUUUACACAGAUUCCAGAAGAAUGGAAAAAUAUGCCGGCUCCGCAAAUUCCAGGUCUUAUGGGAAUCACCAUCACGGACGUUAACAUGGGGACGCUUUCAGACUUGUUGGCUCAGCUCAACAUGGACGGCAGCACACCAUUUUCUCAAUUCGUUACAAAAAUUACUACAGAUGCUGAGGGUCCAACAGGAAUAAAAAUUCCAGCCACUAACAUCAGAAUAGGAGGUCCACCUCCUCCUGGGGCCGCUAGACCUCGGUUGGAUUUUGAGAUGUUCCAUCCAGAAACGCUGGGAAGUGACGGGCGCCCUACAAACUUUGGCACAACUGUUUCACUUUCUCAUGGAGCUGUCCCUGACACACUGCCAAUGAAAAACGUCAUCGAAAUGCUUCAUAAUCCGCACAUUACCUUGAUUACUGCGAUGGCAGGAACAAGUGUUCCCCUCACAAAGACAGAAGAGCGUUUAGACGCUUCCUUUGGCGAAAUCGUUGAAUGGCUCAAAAAAGCUCUUGGGUUAAGCAAUCCCGAGACAAUACACAUUACUGUCGUCGUUGACGGCACUGCCUAUAGAGGAGUCCUUAGCGCUGCACAGCUUCUUGGACAUACUCUCGGCAGCAUCUUAGGACUUGCCGGUGCUGUUGAUCUCGACGACUCUCAUUCAGUUGUUUUCAUCGGACAACCUGCCCCUGGAUACACUCCUCGAAAAAUUCCUGCUGACCAACGAAUGAAUUUUGUGGUAAAUGGGGCGGUUUAUGAUGAGUCACCGGGCUCUCCGGUCGACUUCGCCAAGAUCUUAAACAUCCAGGUUCCCGGAAAGGGACAACCACCAACGGACUUCAAGUUCAACAUAACUGGUCCAAGUGGCGAGUCCGCAACUCAGCUGGUUCCUGCAGACCUAAUGCGUCUCUUACAAGAAGUAGCGGAAAUGCAUGGAAACCCCGGAAUGAAUUUGGUGCUCUCCUUUCUCAACUCGUUGAAGCAAGUCAGCAGAGUUGCCCCCGGGCAAACAAUUCGCAUUGAUACACAGGUGCGUCAACUGGAAUAA